CCGGUACACCGGAUCGUAAGUGCAGCAGCAGCAAAAACAUGACAUGUCGACAAGUGAAGCCGAAGAGGUACCUUUGAAUCACGCCGCGCAGCUCCUUACAGCCCAGGCGUUUCGUGAAGCCAUCGAGGCCUACUGUUCCAAGCACGGCAAUGGUACGGAUGACGUCUACUCUUACGCGGUAGGCUGGACAUUUGGUGAGGGACCGAUGUUCCUGUUGGCUGGCCAAGAUGAGCGCAUGGGUGGUUGCACCGACGAGACAGGCUUCCAAGACGUCCAAGAACCAUGCGAUGAUGCGGCUGCCUCGGCCCGCAAUCUCUUGUCAAGGCAUGCUUUCAUCGUCUGCGAGCAAUUGGUGGCCUACUCUUCGAUAUGGAAGGUACCAGUCCUGUACCUUCGCGCUCACACAAGAGACGGCGCUCCCCUUGCCUUCGACGACCUGAUCUCCACCUCUUCGAGCCUCUUCCGUGACAAUGUCUUCGUCUCAUCCGACGGCGACCAAGACGGGCUCCGAGCAGCUUCGUUUCCUAGCAUCGGUGUGGGCGAAUCCCCCGUCCAGGGCGAUACAUGGGCCUUUCUCCAUCCCUGCCACACGGCCUCGUGGCUGGCGAUGCUUUCACAGCGACACCAUGCCGACAAGGAUGACGGGCGAAGGGGAUACGUGGACAGCUUCAUGAUGCUCUGCAGCACCACAGUCGAGAUGAGGAUUGCGUCCUCGCAGCUUGUGAAAUGAAAGAGAAUGAGAUAAUGAACCUAUUGCAUUUGCCCAUGGGAGGUGGCCGCGCGCCUUUUGCGGGCAUUGUCCCAGUGCCGACUGUACAGGACCACUUCUGCGAUGGCCGUAAGGAAGCUUAGGAAAAGUGCAGUCAAGGUUUUCUGUGAUCGAGUGCAAGAGACGCACGUAAGCUUCGUCAGGGGCAAUAAUCACAGGCUCAUCCUUCUGAGUCGUGGUUUGUGGCCUCACCCAGAUUGGAUCAAUGUUUCCGCCGGCC